AAUGCACCACGCAAUCAUACCAUGUGGCACAUUGCGCCACUCCGCUGACACGUAAUACGUGCAUGUACACGUUACACCGCCUGCUCGUAACCAUGGUGAUAGGCAAUAACAAAACAGGCGGCGUGGGCUUUAGGUUUUAUCGUACAGGAACCACAGUUUAUCUAGGACGGGGCUACGAUGAAGAGAAAUGGAAAUUCCACACCGAAAGUGACCGAUUACGCUGAGGAAGAAGUGAUUGCUCACCUGUGGGUGCAGCUGUUAAUUCACAUCAAUGUUUAUUUUUACGCCGUUUGGCUGCUGGUUGCAAUAGUGUUUCUACAUUACGAGUUCCUCAACAUAAGCGGAAUCGAGCAAACGUUGUCCAUCCUUUCGCUGGUGGUGGCAAUUCCGCUGGAAGUCUUCCGGCUCUAUCUCGGCCACACCGGCAACCUGAUGAGUGCGAUACCCAGUUUUGCUGGCUUUCUUAUACUGUCUACACUGAUUCAGCUGCCAUUGCAGAUUUACCUGCUGCUAGCAACGCACACGAUCAAUCAUUUAGCAGCAACCGUAACACAGUCGAUCGCGAUCGGUCUGCUGGUGCUGCAGAUUGUAGUUGGUGUGCCGGCAAUGCGUCAAAUAUCUGCUUUUCGCAGGAAACAGUUUCAAAUGCAACGGUGGCAAUAUGUGGGCAAGCGAGCCGACACGGCAAAGGAAGCGAAGGACGAGCAAUGAAAUCUCGGAAAAAACAGCAAAUUUUCACUAAAUAGUAUUACUUUGUACAAAAAAAAAACAGUUCAUUUAUUUAAAUUGUAAACGCGAACUACGCUUUGUAGGUUCGAUGUAAGUCAUGUUUGGUGUAGAAUUCAUUCAGAUGGGUCAAGUUGGCACGAAACAGUGCUAAAAAUUCCUCGAGUGCCUUUAAAUUGUCCAUGUUGGAGUCGGAUGUUCCCAGCAGCGAUGACCUUGAAGUAAGAAACGUGAAAUCUUCGUGAAUGCGGUACCCGCACUCGGGCCACUAUUUAUACGGCUUCAGUUGAACGGCCACAAGUUCGAUACUGACACUAACUGAAACACGAUACGCUUCCUUCGCUUGUGCUUCAGUUCCGUAAAACCGCGAGAAAGAAUUCGUGAUAUGGACAGCUGAGCUUACCUGAAAUGCCUUCUGAGCCAGAAAGCCAUGAUAUGGCAGCAGGCACUCCUCGUACGCCUUUUUAAGGUGCGGCUUCACCUGUUCGCUGCGCGUUUUGUCUUCGAGCAGGUUGCGAAAGAAUUGCUCCAUCAUUUCGAAUGCCCUGCCAAAAUGGGAGUAAAACAAGGUUAAUUUUCUCUCCACAGAACGGCCAUUAUUGCCGGUGGACGCACCUUUUAAGCCACAGCAAACCGUCCGUUACCGUGUCGAACGGGUUGUCGUUCCCGUCCUUGUCCUUCAGGAUUAAAUCCUCCAAGUACUUAAACAGCGACUCGUUCUGUUUGUAUUUGUCGGUUAUUUUCUACACAAAAAAGAGGAAAAUUCCAUUAAACAAAUCGAUCAUCUAAACUCAUUCACGGUUUUAGCACCAUA